AUGAGGAAGCAUCGUCUUUUUGCUCAAAGAAGCAAAAAUAGCGCCACAGCUGGUACAUCGGCAAGCCCCCUCCCCACCCCUCCAGCAGCAGUGCCGCUGCAGCUGUUGCAGAGGUGGACUGCUGCUGGCGCUGCUGCUGCUACUGCUGCUGCGCGCAUUUCUCGUUCUCACUGCUACUUUGCUGACACUCCUUCUCUUUCUCUGUUUUUUUUUGUAAUAUCGAGUUUUUGCGGCUUGCUGCGCUCUUUGGAACUCUACUCUACUCCUGCGUCAUACCCAAGGAUACACUUAUGUCCCUCGACCUCCAGAACCUCGGCGUCUCUGACCCAUUCGCCAAUGACACCACCAAAGCCGGUGGUGUCGGCGGUAACGCUUCAACGCAUCUCAUUCAUAAAUCAGCAGCGAAAUGGCCGCAAGAGUGUGACGACCGUGCAGGGUCUGCCCAAGGCCUUCGACUUGAAGAAGAUGGUUCGAGCCCUUAAGAAAGAGUUUAGUUGCAACGGAACUGUUAUAGAGGACCCCGAACACGGUAGCAUCAUCCAGCUGCAGGGCGAUCAACGCCAGGCGGUUAAGGAGUUUCUCGAGCGAGAGGGAAUCUGUGGGGCUGAACAGCUACGGAUCCACGGUGUCUAG